GUGCCGAAGGAGACUGGGAAGAGGGGCUUCGCACUCAGUAUCAUGGGAGGCCUCCAGCGACUAUCGCUGAUGCUGGGGCCCUCUUUGGGCGCAGUUUUGCAGGGGCAGCUGCACAUCCAAGCAGUUUUCACAGCGCAGCUGGCGUGUGCGGGCCUGGCAGCACUGGUGACGGCUGCUUUCCUGAGGAUUGCGACAGCAGAGACGGAGGCUCCUAGCAAGAAGAGCACAGGAUUUAUCCAGGCCAGAGAUGCCAUGAGGGAGAAUGGCGGUCGACUUGUCCGUGUGCUCGGCUUUGCUGCCGCACUUCAGUGUGUUCGGAAAGGCCGGGAGUUCUUCUUUUCCCUUGCUGGCCGUGAAGCCAACCUCUCCGACAUGGUCAUCGGGCAAGUGGCAGCUUAG